CUGGUGUUCUGAUACGUGGGUACGGGCAAGAAUACACAUUCAUGUGUGUACUUUGGCUGCAUUAUCCCUCACAAUAUAAAUGACCGAACCUCCUCCGCUCGGCUCUCGUCAAACAUCUUGCCUCUGCUCAGAUCAAAAUCGAUUCCAUCAACCUAAACACUUACCCCGUCCAUCGCCUACCCGUUCAAUACAUCUUGCAUGUUUGAGCUCCGUUCCGAAGACGCCAUCAUCAUGUCUUUCCCACGGCCGGAGAAGAGCGAUGGGUUCACACUCAUCGUAAACAUAACCGUAAAGGAAGGAAAGUUGGACGAGUUCCUUGAGCAUUUCUGGAAAGCUUUCAAACUCGUCUCCGCCGAGCCAGAGUGCCUGAGCUUUGAAGUUUUCAGGUAUCCUGGGGAGCCAAACAAGCUCAAGUGGAUUGAGAACUGGAGUAAAAGCAAGGAGUGGUUUUUUGAGAAUCAAUUCACUAAGGAUUACAUGAAGCCAUAUAUAGAGGCUACUGACGGUCUUCUCAUCGGCGAGAGGCAGUUUGAAAUCGUGGAGCGUUUUGGAGGUGAUUGGGCCAUUGCGCAGGAAGGUGUUUACAAGAAGGCCUGAGUCUUAGAAAUGUUGUUGGCGAUUCUACUCAGAAUUUGCGUUCAUGUCUCUCGACACCCAAUCUUUUCGAUGACUGAGAGCACUUGAGGAUACGUGAAACAUUGGACACAGAAUUCCCAGCCAUUUUGUCCAAAGCGAACAAUACAAAGUUGCGUCCG